CACGCGACCCUCGUUUGUUUAUCAACCAACUUGCAACAAAAUCUCAUCGUGUUCAAACAUUCGUCAAAAGUUUCGAGGAAUACACACACGGAUCGUGUCAUAUUAAUUCGAUUUAUUAAUAUCGCGAGUUGAACCGCCCUUCUGAUCCACGGCAGUUCGUAUUUCAGGGGUUUCCGCGUGCGUUGUGCCAUAUUGAAGUUAAAUCCAGAUUAGGCUACAAAAACUGCUGACAGGGUAGUGUGGUGAGAGACAGCGGUCAGCAUGUCGUCUUUCUCCGAGUCUGCGUUGGAGAAAAAGCUGUCUGAACUGAGUAACUCACAGCAGAGCGUUCAGACUCUGUCUCUGUGGAUUAUUCAUCACCGCAAACAUGCAUCCUUCAUCGUGCGCGUGUGGCACAGAGAACUGAAGAAAGCUAAAAGCAGCAGGAAGUUGACCUUUCUGUAUCUGGCAAAUGACGUGAUUCAGAACAGUAAAAAAAAGGGUCCUGAGUUCACCAAAGACUUCGAGGGUGUCCUGGUUGAUGCCUGUUCACAUGUGGCCAGAGAAGGAGAUGAAGGUUGUAAGAAACACAUGGAAAGAUUGUUGAACAUCUGGCAGGAGCGAAACCUCUACCGUGCAGACUUCAUCCAGCAGCUCAAACUGGCUAUCGAGGAUUCAGACAGUCCCAAACAGAAGCCCGCAGUGGAUGAUAGAAAAAAUUUAAAGAGAAGCUACCAGAAGGUCCAGGAGGAAGAGGAAGAGGAAGAUGAUGAUUACAGAGGUCACUAUUCUCCCCAUGAGACAGACGCAGCUGCUCCACAACUGACGGAGGAGCUGGUGAAAGCGCUGCAGGAUCUUGAAAACGCUGCAUCCGGUGAUGCUGCCGUGAGACAGAAGAUCGCAUCACUACCACAGGAAGUGCAGGACGUUUCUCUUCUUGAAAAGAUCACAGAUAAACAGGCGGCAGAUAAGUUGUCAAAGACAGUGGACGAGGCCUGUCUGUUGCUGGCCGAGUAUAACGGACGUCUGGCAGCUGAGUUAGAAGACAGAAGACAACUGGCCCGAAUGCUGACAGAAUACAUACAGAGCCAGAGAGAAGCGCUCAACGAGAGGGAGAAGAAACUGGAGGAAUACAAGCAGAAACUGGCUCGUGUCACACAAGUGAGGAAAGAGCUCAAGUCUCACAUCCAGAGUCUUCCGGACCUUUCUCUCCUACCGAACGUCACCGGCGGUCUCGCUCCUCUCCCGUCCGCUGGAGAUCUGUUUUCCACUGACUGAACAUCUCUAUGAGACUCACAGUCCUGUACGAUCAGACACUGGGUUCCUCCUCACUGACAGAAACAUCAGUAAUGGAGCGAGUGAUGGAGAUCUGCUGUCACCAGCUCAGCUUUUCACACAUAUUUGUUUUUCAUUAGUUCUCAUGUCAGAUAAACCCUCAUGGAGAUCAAACCUGCCAGUCGAUCAUCAUUAAACCAGAUUCAAAGUGUGAAGAUUUUGUUUUGUUGUGACUUUGCUGUGGAAAGCAACUCCCUUUGCUUUGUCUUAUUUGUAGGUUUUUAGUUUUAAUGCUCAGAGUUUAAUUUUGCGUCAUUUUGGUUUUGGAAGAAACUAAACAUGAGGAUUCAGUUUUAAACAUCUUACUGCUAUGGAGUUUGUGAUAUCAAGAGAAAUUAAUUAGAAACUCAUGCCCAUCAUUAAACUGUGAUAUAUUUUGGUUACAAACCUGACCUGUUUUUUUUUUUUUUCAAA